UCCAUUUCUUGAACAUGGCCAAGAAGGUCAUUCCACCAGAAGGGAACAGUUAUGAAAAAACUGUGAAAGUGAUUUUGUGCUUCUUUGUACAGGUUUAGCGUCUGUAUUAUGCUUCUCCAUCUUAUCAUAUUCAUGUAUUCACAUAGACAGAAGAUAUCACUAUUUCCUGAAUAUACAGUAUAUACGUUUUCGUCAUUUAAAUAUGAACCCGAACCUGUGAUUUCACAAGCCAGCGCCCCUUAUGAGCUGCAGGGCCCCACCAGGUCAGGACCGAGUUCAAACCAAAUGGUUUGAAGUCAGUCGUAGAUUACAAGAAACAGUCCGUAUUAGAUAAAUGCCCACGACAAUGGUGUUCACGUAGAUGUAACCAUUACUCAGCUGAUGUGGAGAGGCAACGCAUUCUAUUUAAAGUACGCAAAGUUCUUCUUUUGUGCAAAGGCAAAGUGUGAUUCAUUACCGAUCAAUGGUUAUAUUCCAGCUUCCUGACUAUUUCUGUGAUGCAAUCUCAUGCCGUAUGCGCAUGAGCUACUCCAAUUAAAUGUGUGAUGACACAGUGGCUCUCCGCCAUCCUAAAGUGUGAGUGCUGUUAUUUUUAUCCUUUGUUUUCCGUGUCUCACUUCUCGCAUUUCUCCCUCAUUUCUCAUCUCUUGCUCACAUCACAACAUUUUCUCACCCCAAGCACGGAUAGCACAUGCAGGAGAUCAUGUAGGCUGGCUGCAUCCAACAAUAAAGCGACCAAGAAGGGAACAUGCAUAGUUUUAGGGGGAAAAUGUCCUUUUAAUAGCCCAACGGGAAUUUAAUAGGAACCUCAUUAAUAAUAGCCUGAGCGGUUCUUGAUGUUGUUAGACGGCCUGUGAAAGGUUAAGGUGAUUGGGUAACUGUUGUGAUGUAGGUUACCUCUUCAGGUGAAUUAGGUGAUUGCCGCUGCUGACAGUAGGUGGUUAUGCCUAGAUGUCAAAUGCAAAUAGGCUAAACACGAGUGUGUAAGUGGAAAGGGAGAUUAGCAAAAAAAAAUAAUGUGCAACGGAAUAUCCAGUGCCUCGAUGUUGUUGGUGGAGCAUUAGGGCUCGUUGGCGCGCACGCUGACAGACUGCUUACGUCUGCACGGAGCGAACGCGGACUAAAAUUGUAAAUACGUGCGUCGAAUCAGCUGUCAGAAAGGUGGUGGCAAGGGCAGGCAUAAAAAUGUAAACGUAACAGCGGCAUUACAACAGUCCGUGGAAUUUAUAUUUAGCACGGCGAGGGCAGAAAAUGUCUCCCUUCACCAAAAAAAACAGCAGCACGAUAUAACGUCAUUUCAGGAGAGCGAGGCGCGCAUCAGAACGGAAUCAGUAGCUCGGCAUCUGCUUCUCCGGUGACCGACGAGCUCUGUAGCAAGAAUAUUCAUGUGCGCCGCCGCCGCCGACAUAUCUGUUUAUCCGCGGUCUCUGCAUUCAUUACCGUAAAGUCGUCUCCCGGUUAGCGCGCGGGCACUAAACAGACUGCAUUUGUGAAUGGUUCUAUAGGCCCGCUUUGAAGGGAUGUUUUUUUUUCCCUCCUCUUCUCUAACGUCGCAGUGAACCGCACCAUGGAUAGCGAAGCGCUUUCUCGUCGUGCUCCGCGCUGAGGGCUUGGACGGGGAUGAGGAUGUUGUUUACAAAAAGCAGCCAGACGUCAGCGCACUGAUGCUCGGUCUCCUCGCGUAGAAUUUCACGUCUAAUGUUUUAUGUCACGGUUGGAAAUUACUGUCACCUCCGUCUUUCCUCUGCGAAGAGGGCAAUGUCAUCGUCAGCAGACCGGCGUGGAUUUGUUGUUGUCUGAUUUUACUACUUGUCCUCUGCAAUUCGACUUCACACCGUUUAUGUAACUGGGACGGGGGAAAGCUUUGAAAUCCUUCCCCCUGCUCCUAAUUGGUCCUCUAUACCAUGAGCUCUGGCUCCGCCCAGGAUGUGGUGGUGGAGAAUUUCCUGCGUGACAUAGAGAGGCGGGGCCAGUGGCUGCACUGUGCUGUUAUUGGCUGUGAGGAGGAGCAUCCCCGUGGCGACAUGAACCUUUUGUACCGCAAAAGUCGACUGGACUGGAGACACAGAGAUCAGGAGAGCAAGAAAAGCUCCAAUUAUAAAGAUGCCUCCUCUGCGACGGUUGGGAAGGUUCGAGAUCUGGCGUCAUUUCGGCGGCAUUUCCGAAUGGGAUUUAUGACGAUGCCAGCAUCCCAGGACCUUUCGCCUCACUCUUGUGCGGCUGCCAUGGCCCCGCGCUCUCAGUCCUGCCAUGCUGUGGGCACCGGUGAGGGAGAGGAGAUGGAGAAUGGAUAUUAUCCAGACUCAGACCCCCAAAACCAGUCAAAUCCCUCCCGUUGUCCCCCAGCCAAGCCUAAACGUCAUCCCAAUACUCGUCUCAGCUCCACACCUCAGCAAGAGCAUUCUUCUCGGGGGGUUCACGCACCACCUGACACUCCGCCACCUCCGCCUCCCAGUCACCCACCAAAACACCCAGAUAAGCGGAAUGCAAUGAAGAAGUCAGAUUCAGGUGAAAUGGCAGGACGGAAGGUACCUCCCUUGAAGCCCAAGCGGAGUCCAAGCACACAGCUCUCCUUUGACCCCCCACCACCUCGGGUCCCGCCACCGACCACACCGCUUCCCUUCCAGAGCUCUGAACCCUCUUCACGGGGUGAGGGGGGAGACGAUGAGCCAGUUUACAUUGAAAUGGUAGGCCAGGUCUUUACCCGAGAGACUCACAGUGCUCCUACUCCUCACCCACUCACGCCCUCUGCCACCACACCUGAUUCCGACUCGGACCAAGGAGAGGCCAUUUACGAAGAGAUGAAGUACCCCCUACCAGACGAUGCGGCACGAGAAGCCCAUCGACGCUUACCACUCAAACACGAGCGUAUGAAGUCCUCUAAAGCGUACCACUCUUCCAUUAUCUCAUCCUCUACCUCCACCUCCUCCUCUCUCCCACGCCCUUCAUCCUCCUCUCCGGCCUGUUCCUCAUCCAAGCCUAAAGCAGCGGUGUCCAUCUCUCACUCUUCUCCUCUGCCUUCAUCCUGCUCUUCAGCAUCCUCCACUCCCGUUCCUCAAGUCCUCUCCUCCUCACCACACCCUCCCCGUGCUCCCACACCCUUUCUGCUGCCAGGGUCCAAAUCUGAACAUGAGCCUAGCUCCAGCAAGAUCCCGGCACCCUUCCCCAACUUGCUCCAGCACAAGCCUCCUCUCCUGGCAUUUCCCCAGCCGGCUGCUGCCUCAAGUGGGGUGGGGGCUCAACACAAGACCAGUUCGGCCAAAAUCAGUGUGCAGUCAGCCUCCAGUCUGCCAGCAUCUACUAGCACCUCCUCCAGCACGAGCUCCACCAGCACUUCCAAAGAGUCCUCUGGAGUUGAGAAGGAACGAGAGAAGGAGAGAAGGGAAGGACAGCUGGGGCCAGCACCAGGACUCAGAGCCCGUAGUCAUUCCACUCCACUUCCUCCAUCUUCAAAGUCCUCCUCUCCAUAUUCCCACCACCAUCACCACCAUCACCCUCACCACAGGCCUUCCCACUAUCAUCAUUACCGCAAGCCUGAGAAAGAGACGUCGUCAUCAAGCAAGGGCUCAGGACAGUCCUCUACUCAGACGCAAACACAGCCCAAAGAGGGCAAGUCUGUCAGCUUUCUGCUGAAGUCUGAGAAAUCUGAAAGGGAAAGAGACCGAGAGAGGGAUCGUGAUCGUGAUCGUGAUCGUGAUCGUGAUCGGGAUCGCGAUCGCGAUCGCGAGAGAGACCUUAGUACGCCAUCAUCCAAUCAUUCAGAUGCCCCUGCCUCAAGCACGUACACACACACGUCUCAAACCGGCACGAGCACCACGCCAACCCCAAGUCAACCAUCAUCUUCCACGGCAGGUACACCACCUUCCACCUCUUCUUCGUCCGCUCACCGCCCUCCGUCUCGCUCUCACAUGCACCGGUCGCACACCCCACACUUGUCACAUGGCCUUCCUGCUUACAAACCCCCCCCCUCCGACAGCCCCCUGCUCUGGACCUACCCCUCAGUUGGCUUCCGACGCCCACCAGCCUAUGAUAGCCUACGCGGGGGCUCACAGUUGCCAUCCCUGCACACGGACCACACUAAAACUGGAUCUGCAGCCCAUGCGUUGCAGGCCAAAGCCGGGUUCAUUCCCUGGGAGAGUGCAGCUGCCUUAGGGCUCACCGAAGACCAGGCAUACUGGCCCAUGCACCGAAAAUUAUCAUUCAGUCAUGGGAGCCGAGACACUGAGAAGGAGGAUGGAAGUGCAUGGAAUGGUAGUGCAGAUGCUCUAUUAAGGAGAGAGAGGGAUGACCUAGUCAUGCGGGGUGGUGGACACUCUGGAAUACCUGUGCGGUCAACAGCGAGACACAGCGAGAGCUUGGCUGGAGCGGACGGACCACCAGGGUUGAGAGGACUGAUACGAGCAGGACUGCCCUUACCCUGCCAAACUUUCCCAGCAUGCCGCAAUGGAGAGUUGGGUCGCCUUGGUAGGUCUUCCUCCACAUCAGGAGUGAGACAAGUGGGUGGUGACGUUCAAAGGCAGAGCAGUCUGCCGGCCAGAGAAGCACUCAACCAGUUUCACGCUCUCUCGCAGGUUCAGGCACAGGCUCCCUGCAGUCCGUCUCUUAGCCGGCAGCAGCAGUACCAGCACCAGCAGCAGGUCCAGCUCCAGUUCCAGCAGCUGGCUCAGCUCGCUGCGCAGGCCCAGGCUACCCACAGCACGGGCACAGCCGGCACCUCCACAGCCCCGGCCCAGCGGGACGGCAAGCUCCUGGAGGUGAUUGAGAGAAAGCGCUGCCUGUGUAAGGAGAUUAAGGCUCAUCGCCGGCCGGAUAAGAGCUUAUGUAAGCAGGACAGUAUGCCUAUUUUACCCAGCUGGAGAAAAACGCCGGAGCCCCGCAAGACUGGAACACCACCCUGCCAGAGGCCACAGGCUGUGGUGUGGGACACGGCCAUCUGACCCAGGCACAGAGAGCAAACAGAGGCUAAGGAGUAAGAAAGACAUGACUGAGAGAGACGUACGGAGUACAGAUCUUUUCUUCUUUUUUUCUCCAUUGCGAGUGAAAAGACAAAAUGGGAAUUUUAGGGGAAAUGAAAGAAGUGGCCUUUGAGUGAAGAGAUUCGAAUAAGACUGGAAAGACAAAGCGAGAGCAUUUUUUGCUAAGAGAAUAGCAUGAUUUAGAAUAAACCUCUCUGUAGAAGCAGGAGAAAAUGUGUUCCACAUGGUGUUUAUGUGCCAUAUAGUUGCAGCAGAUGAAAAACACACAAACACGCACACACACACACACACUAGAGAGACGCUUGAGUCUGAACUCUCUGACCUGCUGCAAAUACAACCUGUGCUGCUGAGUUUACAACCUUUUUGAAACACACUGGAAAUCUUUGGAGCACCGUAACAUUCACACUGAACAUAAACCAUUAAUGAGGAGAAUAGACAUGAUUUUUCCUCCAAGGAAUGAAGAAAUGAUGUGUAAAGAAUGAAGAGACGCUGAAAGAUCAUAGUGGAGCUUUUCUUCAUAUCAUAAACUGUCUGUGACUUUGGGCUUUUGUGUUUUUACUGACCAGAUUUACCAGUUACUGACCAGUUAUGCUGCUGUUUCCUGGGCACCCACUAGACUGAUGUUUUUUUACAUUCCAGGAGUGUGAAAGUGUGUGUGUGUGUGUGUGUGUGUGUGUGUGUGUGUGUGUGUGUGUGUGUGUGUGUGUGUGUGUGUGUGUGUGUGUGUGUGGUGUCACGGUGAACGUUGUAAGAUGUAUCUUUGCAUUGGAGAUGUGUGAGGUUGGAAGCAGAAACAGUGAUGAGAGGAAAUCCAGACAUACAAACAACAAAAUGCUUAGGAGUACAGGGGAACGAAUCAAUAAAACACAAAAUUUGACAUGUAUACAUAAAAAAAAGUCUUACACGUUUAGACACAAGAAACGGUGAUGAAGGGCUGUGUGGUUCUGUCGUACUUUGUAGAGGCGAUUCAUUUGAAGUCUAAUUACUGCCUAUUGAUUGAGUGCCAAUUUGGAGAGUGUGGUGACGUGUGUCUGCGUAUUUGAGGAGUAGAAGAAAAGCUGUUCAUCAGAAGUUACGUGACUUUCGUAGCAAUAUUUGUUAAAGCAAGAGACUGAUCAUUAGCCCACUCCAAUACAAAAUCGUGACGGUGAAAAAAGGACAGAUCCAUCCUGCAUUAUUCGCUUGAUGAAAAUAGUACGUUCACAGGAUGAGCUUCAUUACAAAAUAGGAAAUAGACUGAGGACCAAUGCACAGGCUGCAUUAACACGAGGUGCCAUUGUGUUCACCUGUAAACUGUCGGACCACCGUAUUUUACACAUCUGUUUACAUUCUAUCUGUAUCUGAGCAUAUCCGGAGCUACGGUCUAACUGUAUUUUUCAGUCUUUUUGGCAGCGUAGUCUCAAGUGUCAAUCGGUUGGGGUUGCAAUGCAGGUUAUUAAGAUAUAAUAACAUAUGGUGAGCAGCUCUUAUCAAACUACAGUGCGGUUACCCUGUCCCGUAAAGAAAAAUCAAUUUUGGAGCAAAUUCCACCUCUUCACAUUGUCCAGCGCUCAUGCACACAAGCAUAUACACUCGCGGCGCCCUGCUGGAAAAUGAACACGCGGCGGCGCUCCUCAGACCGAUUGCUGGAAUUUUUUCCAGCGCAAAAGAAAGCGAACCACGUGACAUCGAGAUUAAACGAGAAGAAAAAAACACUUGUUGAAAUCUGUAAAAUAAACAUGUACAACUGUAUUGAUUAUGUAGCAAUUAUUUCCACUUUCAUACUUGUAAUCAAUAAAUAUAUUGUAGCAUAUAAUGUAUAAAAGUACAAGGUGUUUAAUUGUUUUAUAAAGAAAAUUUAGUAGUUUUAUCUGUGGCUACCUGUCUACACUGUACUGGAUGGACCGCUGAAAGGCGAGCCCUCUCUAUUAAAGGCACAGUCUCAGACACACACACACACACACACACACACACCAACCAACCAACCAAUGUUUUUCCGGCUAGUGUCAUGCAAGUCCCUUUAAGCAACUUAAGUCUAAUCACAUUCAUACCCUCACCAACACGCUCCACACCGGGAAUAUCAGUUGGAUAUUUUUGAAGUACUUUUGCUGCUAUAUUGAAUUUCUACUAUUGCUUACAUAUCCCUCACUGCUGUUGUUUUAUUUUUCUUCUUCAUUCUUUUGAGUGCUUUUUGAGACUUUUUUUAUUUUGAAAUCAUGCGAUGGAGUUUUGAGGAGUGGAAUCUUUUGUAACCGUUGGCAAUUGAAUGUUUCUCAGUUGUUGUUGUGGCUGUAUUUAAAAGUUGUUGUUGUUUUUUUCCGAAUAGUUAGCACCACCAACCUGUACAGUUCUCACCCUGGCAACACUACUGUAAAUGUGAUGGCAACGUUGCAGUGAUGUUGCCGAGGGUUUGACGUGUUGUCACCACGACACCAGGGUUUCACUGCACCACCAUUUGAAAUACAAAGUCUUUAUCAAACAGUACGGAGGACCACAGUAGAGGAGGGCUGGUGCAAUGCAUGCUGGGAGUUCUUGAUGGAUUCCCUUAAUCAUUCAGUUCAAGGUUGGGCUGCGUCCCAGUCUAUAUAAAUUGUGCCCAGUUUGUACUUCAGAUAUACUAAAUAAUCAUCUAGUGGCAAUUUAUUAAGAUGAAAAGGGUAACUUAAGUAUUAUUGGGUAAACUAGUUUACAGAAAUGUCGGCUUUUGCGUGUCUACAUAAACGGUGGCCAUAUUAUGAGUGCCAUAAUAUAUUGGUAUGGUAAGAUACGGUGUACCUUGGAAAUCACUGUAGUGCUAUAUUUGCAUUGAUAUCGUCAUGAAAUAAAUUUUAUAUGAUGAACCUAAAA